AUGAGCGUGCAAAGCAACCAAUCCGACGAGAACUCUUGCGAGCAAGCGAGUAAAAACGCGACCGCGCCCUCGUUUGCGAUCGCUGAGGGGGCGCAGGAGAUCGAUCCGCGCGAUGUCGCUCGCGAUCUCGUCGCUCGCCACGGCCCUGGAGGCAUGGAUCCACGCGUGCGAGCGCUGAUCCGAGGAUUCGACGCGCCGUUCUACCAAGCCGGACUCGCGGGAUACUCCGACGCCGCGAUGCGGAUCAUCGCGCGUCGUCACGGCUGUCCGCUCUGCGUGACCGAAGCGCUGCUCGAUCGCACACUCCUCGCGGGAGGCAAGGGAUUCGCCAAAGCGGAUCUGGGAGACAUCUGCGACAACGUGCCGGGGGGUGAUGAGGACGCGCCGCUGGUCGGGCAGAUCAUGGGAUCCGAACCCUCCGAGAUGGCGGCAGCCGCGAUCAAAAUGAUCGAGCAGGGACAACGCUCCAACAAAGAAUACCGAUCACUGGUGGGCAAAGAAGCAGGCGACGAGGCAACCGAGAUCCGCACCGACGGCACGGACUCGUUCGCCGGGAUCGAUGUGAACCUCGCGUGUCCCGUCAAGAAGAUCGCAAAGAAAUCCAGAGGCGGACAUUGGUUGCGCGAACCAGAGGGCGCGAUCGCGAUCCUCAAAGCCGUGCGCGAGGUGCUCCCUGAGUCGAUCCCGCUGACGGUCAAGCUCCGCAGAAGCUACGACGACACGGAAGAGAUGCGACAGAAUUUUUUGUACCUCUUCGACGCCGCGUACGACCUCGGAUGCGCUUGGGUGACUGUCCACGGGCGAACCGUCGAGCAGAAAUACGUCGGCCCCUCACGAUGGGACCCGCUCAAAGCGCUCGUCGAUCGCAAUCCGGAGCGCAUUAUCUUUGGCUCCGGCGAUGUCUGGGACGUCAACCAGAUCUUCCGCAUGAUCGGAUACACCGGACUCACAGGCGUCUCCGUCGCACGAGGAUGCAUCGGGAAUCCGUGGAUCUUCCGUCAAGCACGCUCGAUCCUCGACGGCAAAGAACCCAAAGCCCCAACGAUCCAGGAACAACGCGACGUGCUGCAGGAGCACUUUGAACUCUUGCUCGCGGUCAACGCGAACACACGUGAUCCUGAGUAUCUGACUGCACGCAACAUGCGCAAGUUCGGCAUCCGCUUCGCAGCUCAUCAUCCAAACGCAACGGAAGUGAAGCAAUCGUUCAUCCACGCGAAGUGCUUGGAUGAUUGGAGACAGGUCUGGAUGCAAGUCUUCGAGCGCCAGAAAGCAUUUGGUGAACACGCAUUCAAACAGCUUUCGGACGACCAGUUCUUUGCGAUCCUCGCGCCGGGACUCAACUCGUGCGCGAUCAUCGCGAAUCACCUCGCCGGGAAUAUGCUCAGCCGAUGGACGGACUUCCUGACAUCCGACGGCGAGAAAGCAUCGCGCGAUCGCGACCGCGAGUUUGAGGCGCCGAGCGAACAUACUUCGGAGCAGCGAGCGCUGAUAAUGCAGCGCUGGGAGCAGGGGUGGGGCGUGCUCUUUGAGACGCUCGGAUCACUGACGACUGAUGAUCUGUCAAAGACUGUGACCAUUCGCAGCGUGCCUCACCCAGUCCACGCAGCGGUCGCUCGUCAGCUGGAUCAUUACAGCUUCCAUAUCGGACAGAUCAACAUCAUCGCGCGCCAGCUCGUCGGGACGGAUCGCUGGGAGUGGUUCACGCUCGCUCCCGGCGGGACCAAAUCGUUCAAUGAGAAGCUGAUGGGCGGCGAUUCUGCUCAGUAA